AUGGCCUGGCGGGCGUGCGCCCGUGCCGUCGCGAAAGGCGGCCGCAUGCGUUCCAUGCGGCGCGAGCUGGGACAGGAGGCGAAUGUUCAGACCUGUGGUGCUGCCAUUGGAGCCUGUGCGCGUGCUCAGCGUUGGGAGCAAGCCUUGGCAAUGCUUCUUCAGAUGCCCAGGAGCAAGGUCUUGCCAAACAUUGUGUGCUACAACGCAGCGCUGAGUGCAUGUGCGCGAUCUUUGCGCUGGAGGCAUGCCCUCCAGCUCUUCUCUGACGCGGCGCCAAACGUUGUCACCUAUGCCAGCGCUAUUGCUGCAUGCGUUCAUUCCUGGGAGGCGGCGUUGCAUCUGCUGCAGGAGCUGAACUCGCGCUGCGGGGCCAAUGCCAUCGCCUACACAUCCGCGAUCAAGGCAGUUGAGCGGGGCCGGUGCUGGCCCUGGGCUCUGGCACUGCUGGCGGAGAUGCCAGGACGAGCUAUUCAAGCCGACACCAUUGUUCUGAACGCCUGCAUCACAGCCUGCCAGAAGGCGGAGGCAUGGGCUCAGGCCAUCGAUCUCUUCAAUCACAUCAAGUCGUUUGGCGUCCAGCCAGAUGUGAUCAGCUUCAAUGCCGUCUUGGCGGCCGUGGCGCGGCAGGGCGCGUGGCCUGCGGCUCUGGAAGCACUCCGUCAGCUCAGGUCUGAUAGUCUUCAGCCCAGCACUGUCACCUGGAACUCUUGCAUCUCUGCCUGUGAGAAGGUGCUCAAUUGGCAGCGAUCCUUGUGGCUGCUGCAGGAGCUCAGGGAUCAGGGCCAACCCAGCGUCAUCUCCUUCAACACGGCGCUGGCUGCUUGUCGGAGCUCCUGGCAGGCUGCCUUCUGGCUGCUGCAGGAGAUGCCCAAGUGCGCUUUGCAGCCGGAUUUAGGAAGUUUCCAUGCAGUGCUCACGGCUUGCACCUCGGGCGGCGUUUGGCAAGCAGCGUUGCAGCUUUUGCAGAGGGUCCAGGCUCUUGACUUGUCACCUGACAAGGAGCUGCUGGAGCGGGCGAUCGCUCCCAUCUUGAAUGCCGACAGGCUGGAGGAGGCCCUAGUGGUGUAUCGAGAAGGCCUUGCGCGGGGUUUGCUGCAGGCCAGGCGCGGGCCUGCCAUGCUUGACCUCCACGACUUCUCGCUGGAAGCUGCCCAGGUGGCAAUCUGCGAGGAGCUGCUGCAGCUGCAACAAGGAGAUCUUGUGAUCAUCACGGGCCGUGGCUCCCACAGCAGAGAAGGCGGGCUGCCAAUGCAGCCACCGCUGUGGGAAUGGCUUGUUCAGCUGGGCCUUUCUGUUUGCCAAGAGCCACAGAAUCCAGGCCGCUUGCGCGUGGCAGAACCCGCGGCAGCAUUGUCAGUGCAAAAAGUGCCGAGGGCGUGA